AUGUCAUCCCUGAUGAUUUGCCAUGGAUUGCACAUUAUGAUGUUAGAAUUGUCUGUAGAAAAGCUAUUGGUCCGAGAUUCCCAUAUAUUUGAUGCUGUGACCCUCCGUAAAACAACCAUAAUGUUCCGAAUGUUCGAUAAUAAUUGGAUCGAGUUGCAGCCACAGCAGCAGAACUAUCGUCAAUACAACGGUUCACACAGUGAGGUGGAGCAUUUUCAUGGUGGUAAAUCCGUCGUUUUCGCUAUAUCUGAGGGCUACCUCGAACACGAAACGUCAAAUGCAAGUAUAAAGAUUCGUGCAUUCAAGAAAAUUUCGAAACACUUUGAGGUGGAGCCGUGCUAUGAUGCUGGAGUGACAUACAUCGAUAUCCAUUCACUUUUUAAUGGAAUUGUCAAAGAAUUGAGAGAGAGGAAAAAUAUGAAACAUUUCACGUUUUUCCACGAAAGAGAACCUAUUUCAAAGUAA